GUCCAACGCUCGCGAGGUUUCUUGUGCUUUACAGCUAGUGAAAUGUAUUAGUACUGCCUGGUAACCGAGAAAAAAAAUUGUGCUCUGUUCCAUUAAUAAAUCCGCAAAUAGCCUAUUACAGCUCUCCCAUGCAUGAAAUACACAAAGAGACAAAGAACCAAUUGUAGAAGAACAGGCUUGGGCUGACUAUGGCAGUUACAUAUCUUAUGUAUGUCCUGGUCCUCCUCGCUGUUCAAUAUCUCCGCCUCUCAAGCAGUCAGGAUGACCUCACUGUCCUCACAGACAAAGGCAAAGUCAGGGGGACGCGGGUCCCAGUGCCGGGUGGAUCCGUUGUAGCCUUUCUUGGGAUCCCAUACGCUGAACCUCCAGUGGGGGACCUCCGCUUCAGAAGACCCGUGCCUUGUAAGGCGUGGUCAGGGGUGUGGGAAGCAAAUGAGUUCCCCAGCACCUGCCACCAGCACCGAGAUGAGAUGUUUCCGGGGUUCCCCGGGGCAGAAAUGUGGAACCCCAACACCAGAAUGAGCGAGGACUGCCUGUACUUGAAUGUGUGGGUGCCCUCCCCCACACCUCAUGCCGCGCCUGUGAUGGCGUGGAUCUACGGGGGCGGCUUCUCCACGGGUACUGCCUCCCUCGAGGUAUAUGACGGACGGUUCCUGAGCAACACCGAAGGAGUUCUGGUGGUGUCCUUCAACUACAGGGUAGGGGCAUUGGGUUUCCUGGCCUUGCCCGGCAGCCAGGGGGUGUCUGGCAAUGCGGGGCUGUUCGAUCAGAGGAUGGUUCUGCAGUGGAUUAGCGACAACAUUGCUGCCUUCGGGGGUGACCCGCAAGCGGUCACGCUGUUCGGGGAGAGCGCCGGCGCCGCCUCUGUCAACUUCCACGUGCUGUCCCCGGGGAGUCACGCCCUGUUCACCCGGGCCAUUCUUCAGAGCGGCAGCGUCAACGCUCCCUGGGCAGCCGUCCCAGAGGGCGAGGCCUGGAACAGAUCCAUCGCCCUGGCCAGGCUGCUAGACUGCGAGAGCGGGAGCGCCACCGGCAUGGAGGACUGCCUCCGCAGGCUGGGGCCAGAGGAGAUAGUGAGCCAGCAGCACAACGUCCUAAAGCAGCACCUGCCUGUGGGAUCGGCUUUCAUACCCACUGUGGACGGCGACUUCCUCCCCGACCUGCCCAGCGUUCUGAUCCAGUCCGGCCAGUUUAAAAAAACCGAAUUCUUACUGGGUGUGAACAAAGACGAGGGGACGUACUUCUUGGUGUAUGGGGCUCCGGGGUUCAGCAUUGAGCAUGAGAGCCUCAUCACCGUAGAUAACCUCCUGCAGGUGGUUGGACUAUUCUUCCCAGGGCUCAGUGACAUCGCCCGGGAUGCAGUGGCCUUUUAUUACACAGACUGGACCGACGAAUUCAAUGGAAAGAAGAACCGCGACGCCCUCAACAGCAUCAUCGGGGAUUACUACAUCACUUGCCCCUUGCUGGAGGUCACACAGAGGUUUGCCACCUUUGGAAAUGAUGCAUACCUCUACUUCUUUGACCACCGUUCCUCCAGGAACACCUGGCCACCGUGGAUGGGCGUGAUGCACGGCUAUGAGAUCGAGUUUGUCUUUGGCCUCCCACUCAAUCGGAGCCUGGGAUACACUGUGGAAGAGGAGGCCAUGAGCAGGAAGAUCAUGAAGUACUGGGCCAACUUUGCCAGGACCGGGAACCCAAAUGUGCCGGGGCCAGCGACUUGGCCUGUGUUCAGUGCCGGGACUCAGGAGUACAUCUCACUGAAUUCAGACUCCCCAAGAACGCUCAAAAAACUGAGAGCCAUGCAGUGCAAAUUCUGGGACAGUUUUCUCCCCAAACUCCAGGACAUGACAGUGAGCAUUGACAAAGCAGAGCUGCAGUGGAAGACCCAGUUCCAUCGCUGGCUCUCUUACAUGCUGGAUUGGAAAAAUCAAUUUAAUGACUAUAGCCUCAAAAAGAACCAAUGUGGCAUACUUUAACUGCGUGUCUGUUUGUGCAAGUUUUAAGUGUAUCACUUCAUUAAACAGUAUAAUUCAAUUUUCCAACAAAAAAAUAUGGGGAUUACAUACUUAAGUAAAUGUUGAUGAUAGCGUACAUUAUGUAUCCCUUAUUUUAUAUUCCUCAUAUAAACUGGUUACGAAUGCAGAUUGUACCCCACUGACUUGCAUGUGUUCAACACAUUUUCUCUGAAAUGAAGUCACAUACCAUAUAGUACAGUUCUGAAAAACCGUGCAUGUUAGAAAGCAUAUUUUCAUAGGUCAAGUGUGAUUUCCCCCAAUUUAUUCCAGGAUUGUGAACUCUCACUUAAAUAUGUAGUUAUAUGUUGUCUGUUUUAUUAUAAUUUUUUGCCAGAUUUUUUUGUUCAUAUUUUUUAUGACUGUAAAGUCAAUAUUUGAUCAGUGAUCAAAAUGACAAAUUUCUAGGGAGUUCUGAUCUAUGGAUUCUAAAAUGGGUACUAUGAAAUGGGCACUUUUGUAUUACAGACACCGAAACUGAAAGUAGCCCGCUUACAAUCAAGAGUUAAAUAAAGGCAGUUCAUUUUAAUUUUCAUAUAACCAAAGUUAUAUUUAAAUUUAUCCGGAAAUGUCACAGACAUUUGGGAAAUGAUUAAGGAGAUGUAAUUUAGGUAGGUUAAACUUUGCACUAUGCUCUUCAAUAUUUGGCUUAUGACUAAGUGGUCUAAAAUCAGAAACAAAAGAAUGUUUGUCUCCAGAAUGAAGUUGGAUUGCAUCGUCACUAACAUUACCAAAAAUAAGAUGUAGGCAGCCAAACACUAAAGAGAGCAUGGUAAGUUGGCAAGUUGGAAAGCUGGUGAGGGAAGGUUACCCGAGUUGAUUGCUGUCCAAGCAGAUCAAUGGAAUAAAUGUGAAAGAGCCAACUUUUGACAGGCUGUCAAAAAGUACUUUCAGUAAUUUAUCUGAGUAUCUCUGCCCAACAAUACACAUAGUUAGGUACAUGUAUUCUGGCUUUAUUCAUUUUAGUACUAACCAGAUACCUAACCUUAGCUGGCAUUCUGGUUCUGCACUGAAAUAUGUCUAUGAAGCAAUCUAUGUAUGUAAACUGAACUACAUUUAAUGCUGCUUUUCCUUGAUAUGGAUAGUUGAUGUGAAAACCGUAUGUUACUGUUACUUGCGAAUGCAAAAAAUAGCUAUUUCAGUGAUUGUUUUCAAUGCUAGUUAUUCUUUUUAAGGUGUUAUCAAUAGAAGAUGCUGCUAGGUACUGGCUGCUGACCAUUGUGCCUAUUUAUUACAGUAGGAUAUCUGACAGAUUCACCACAUAUAAAUAGCUGCUCCAAAUGACUAUGUAAAUGAUACAGCAUAUACAAAUUGAUUCAACUGCAAUGUGGAACAUUAAUUACGACCAUUACUUUCACUGAGAAAUCAGUAAUAUGCAUGCAGGUAGCUAUAAAGAGCUAGCUAAACAAGUUAGCAUUCGGUAGCACAAGAGCUAGCAUUGCAUGGCUACUAAACUAUAAUUAGUGGUUUUAUCAAAACAACAUAAAAUCUUAUGGGUGUUUAUGUCAGGAAGGCACACAAAUAUUUUUCUGAAUUACAGCAAUUAGAGGAGUAGCUAUUGGGCUAAAUUAACCAAGUGGAUACUGGUUGCUUGCCUUAGAUGAGUGGAAAAAUUGCCAGAUUUGAAAAUGGUGAACCCGCGAAAAAAAAGAGCCAUAUUUCUUGCCCCAAAAAAGCCUAAUGUUUGCCAAAAAAAAAACGUGAACGUGCCGCACUCAUGCACACACUUGCCACCAAUGUGAUGACUUGAAAAUUCAGCCACUUUUCUUAUUUUAGUUUAUUAUUUAUUUUAUUGUUUCGCUACUAGCUAUGAUUUCCCUUCACAUGCUAAUGUUAAGCGUUUCAUUGCCAGCUAACAACUGCAUAUCUGCUAUAUUGAUAAAGGUGCAUUUGACAAAUAAACUUUGAUUUAAUCACUCGACUAACUCCAGUUAAUAGACUAGACAUGUUAUCUAAUGUUAUUAAUAGGCAGAUUACCGCUUACCUUCGUGCAAAUGUAUCCAUCUGUCUCUGUCUGCGGUAUUGACUGCACGUGUCCAAGUUUUAUCCGCAACAGACACUUUUUCAAGUUUGUCUUUGGCUUGGGGUGUGGAAUAAAAAUAACCCCACCCCCCCAGCUACUUUUAAAUUUAAAUGUUGAUUAAAAAUAUGAUUGAGCUUUAUUUUUUGCACACAUAUUAAAUAUAUUCAGCUGCAAGAGAAUACAAAGAGACCAAAAUAAUAAUAAUUUGCAUUGCCUCUAUGGGUUUAUCGCGAGAACAUGAGAAAGCACAAAAAACUUUUGCUUUUGCAAUGUCAAGGUCAUGAGAUAAGCAAUUUUAUGUUUCUGUGGACAUUAUUAUAAUAUUUGCCAGAAGGAAGAUGCAAAUAUAAAACAGGAAAUGUCAAUAUGUCAUGUUUACUGAAAUGUGAUUUCAUCAAUACUAGAAACUUUAUAGGUCAAUCACUCCUUUAGAACAUGGGCAGAUGGGGCUUCAUUAUGCCAGUGGAAAACAGUGGCACAAAGAGCUGUCUAUUUUAUAGUUACCAUCUUGAGGCAGUCAAACCACGUGGACUGUAAUAUAUGUGAGUAUUUAGACAUGUCAUUAAUGUGACCUCAUACAGUUCCAAAUCAUCUGUGUUUCAUUGUAUUUACGUUUAAUGAUUAAGACCUUAUUGCACAGUAUUACUGCAUAGAAACCCUUAGCACCAAAUGGAAUUACUUCUGUGCCUACAUGGUGUUUAUAUAUGAACAAUUCCUUUUAAAACCUUUUGAAGGCAUGCAUGGUUUUACAUAAAAUGUACUUAUAGCAGACUACAUAAGUACAAUGUCACUGCGAUAUUAAACAUUCCAAGUGAAAUGUACCUUGUAUACUCGAAUCAAGGACUAAUAGAGAUAUUCAGAUUCAGUGAACUAGCUGAGUUCAAGCUACAUUUGCAGGGGCUUUAUGAGAUGGCUCAAACCAUUGGGGCAUGUUUACCUAUACCCACAUGACCCAUUGUACUGAUUGAAUCACUCAGGCUGCUGUCAUUGCAUUUGUAGUGCAGUCAUAACAAAGGAUAAAUUUAAUGAACCAAAGUGCACUGGUUGAACACACAAUAAAAUAUAUUUACAAUGCGAUGCAUGUUUUCACAACUUUCAGUUGAUGGACAUGCAACAGUAUGAAUGCAGCAUGGGUGCGUUUCUGGGUAAUCUUUGAUCUCUACACAAUAUGCCUAAUUUGUACAUGAACUAUCCAUUGCAGUGUCAUAGAAUCAUUAGUCUUUUUUCCAAUGAUGUUUGGCCAGGUGAUUGAAUUUGUUGGUUUUUGCAUGCAACCCUUCCAAAGAGACUGCUGACAUGGAGGUAGCAUUUUAUUGUUCAUUUUGAGAUGUGGAGACCCAAAGAUCCACUAAAAUCUUCACUGUACUUCGUGAAAUAGAACACCUCGUUAAAUAAAAUAGACCAUUAGCUGUGCCAUUUUAGAAAGCCUUUUUCCUCAUUUUCAUCAAGGGUGCCAAUAAUUCUGGACCUGACUGUAUUUAUAUAUCACAUUGUGCCAUAAAUAACUGCUUCUGGUGUCAACAACGCAAAAGCAUUCCAGGUCAAGACCUCUAGAGAGAAGCUAGAUUAGAGAGAGCACUUCCAUAAGCAAUGUGGGAAGCUUGUUGAUUUUGUCUUGUGCUGAAAAUGUAUCUGACUUCACUGGGCCUGAGAUUGCUGAUGGAGGGAGGGGGCUGAGACAGAGAAAUGUGAUUACUGUUAUGUAUGCAUUGUCCUUACACUGUCAGAAACAAUAGAAAGUUGAUCACUAAAAAGGGAGUAAUACAGAUGAGCCGUCAGUUGUCGAGGGCUCAAAGGAAUGUAAAACAAAUGACCUUUUUGACAUCUAUCAUACCACUUUCUCUUGAUAUAUGGAAUAGGUGAUUGACUUAGAUCUGAAGUCCUAUGCACAGUGCCUGGGUGAUUUAUAAAAGUGAUGCACUGACACAGAUAUAUAGCAGUCAGACCGGUUUAUAGAAAUUAGCGUCAGUUUGUCCUUUAACUUAGGUUUUCACUGCUUUGUUUGUGAUGCCUCUUUUAUUAAGGUUUUCAGGUUUCAGGUGUGUGAUAUCCAGUAAAAAUGGCAGGAUGUGGUCUAUAGUCUAUAGCUUUGAUUGAUGGGCUCUUUGCACAGAUUGCAUUUAUUUAUGAUUUAUAUUUAUAUGAUUUACCCUUGUAUGCCUUAAUAUUAGUGCCAUCUUUAAAAUGGUAUUACCUUUUUAUAAAGAGUGUAUAGAGCAUUACAGUGGAGUAUUAUAUGUGGAUAUGUGGUAUUAUAAUGUAAAACCGGCUGUAUUAAAUAAUAAAAUGGUGUAAUUACAUAUAUAUAUAUAUAUAUAUAUAUAUAUAAAUAUGCACAUAUAUACAAACAUAUACACACACGGUUGUAAAAACUGAAUGUGUCUUGUGUCUUAUGUCUUGUGGAAAGGAUGCAGUGACAUUUUUGUGUGUUCUCUGUGUGAUGUGACAUCACUGUUUUCCACAUAAAAUGAUGUGUUCCAUGUAA